AUGAGUUCUGUAAAUAAUGUUUAUGAUACAAAUCAAUAUAUUCAUCAGAAUAAUAUUCACAAUAAAAAAUCACCCAUACAAUUACCAUCAUGGAUAACACGGCGCCAUACUGGAACAUGCAGUACCAACAACAAUCGUAUAAGUACACAUUCGCCAGAUGAAUAUUCAAAAAAAAUUAUUGAACAAUGUUCAAAACAAAUUCCACCUCAACACCAACAUCAGACAACAACCAAAGCAUGUGAUGUCAUGCGAUUAUCAAAAGAUUGUUGGUUUGAUCAAAAUAAUGAUCAACUAAAAGAUGAUGUAUGGCGUCAAUUACCACGUCCAGAACGCUGGCGAUGGCGUCAAAAUUCUUUUAUUCAUAAUCAUACAGCUAGUUCAACAAAUUCACUGAUUAUUGAAAAGAAAAUCGACAUUCAUAAUAAAACAACAGUUAGUUGCGAGGAUGACCAUAAUAACGGUGGCGACACUAGUAGUUGUUGUUAUAACGGUAAUCGUAGCGGUAGUGGUGAUAGUAGUAGUGGUAGGGGUAAGGGUGGGGAUACUAGGGGGGUGAAACGACGACGUAAUGGUUUGAAGACAACACGCUCUGCUGUCUCCAGUUAUUUAAAAGUCCGUAGACGUGAUUCAAAUACAAGUGCACUUACAAUAUUCAGUAUUUGUGAACAACUUUGUCGUUUAAAUAACCAUUUAAAUAAAAAAGGAAAUCGAAAAGAAUCUAGUUUAAUAUCAUCAUCAAUACGUAACAAGAAACCAAAACGAAAUAUUUUACCAAUAUCACAUUUCGAUGAAUAUUUAUUUACAAUUGUACAAAAAGCUUGGAAUACACCAACUACAACGACAUCCACAACAAUUACAAAUCAACGCCAUCAAAAUCAAACAUUUCAACAUCUUUUAAAACAUUUUAAAAUGAAUAAGGAUGAUUUAACAGCCACAACACAUCAAUCAACUGGAAUAACGACCACAACGACAAAUAACACAAUUGAAAUGAAUGACAAUAGUAAAAUAACAUCAACGUCAUCGCCAACAUGGAGCCCAAUAUUAACAAGGCGACGUUUAUCUGUUCCAGAAAUUAUAAUGAGAAAAUAUGCGUUGACACGUUCUUCCCGUUCACGUACGAAUUCAAAUAAUUCAGAAGAAUCAUUAUCAUCAUUGUUACCAAUUGAAAAGCAUACAACAAUGACCUACAACAAUCAAAUCAACAAUAAUCCAAAUAAAUGCCCAUUAUCGCCAAAUCAUAGACAUAUAUGGAAUAUCAAUGAUAGAACAUCCGGUAGCGAUGGUGAUUUAUCAACAUUAUUACAUUCGUCACGGGCUGUGACACGUAGUGGCCAUACUGGUGGUGCACGUAAUAAUAUACGUGCGUCAUGUAUUGUUGAUAAUAACACAUCACAAAUACAUAAAUCGACGUUAUUACGGCGAUUCUGGAGUAAAGAAAAAGAACUGCAACGGAAUCAUUCUGUCGAUGUAAUUUAUUCAUCAUCAUCGGCGUUAUCACCAACAUUCACCAAAAAAUUAUCACCAACUCGUUUUUCUCAACAACGAUUACGUGAAAAUGUUUUAUUAAAUAAUAGUAUACGCCGUGAGAAAUUUUCAAGUACAUCAGAUUUAAAUGAUAAUCAUUUAUCAUUGCGUGUUCAACAUUCUUCGCUAAGUGUUAGUCGAGGUUGUGGGGGAACAAAUACAACAAAUUCAACACCAAAUAUUUCCACAAUACUUGAACCCCAUCACCAUCAACAUGAAGAACGUUCAUUAUGUUGUUCAUCAAAUGUUACCACCGCAAAUAAUAUGGAUCGAUUAUCAUCAAUCGGCGAUUAUCAUCAUUAUAAUAACAAUAACACUGAAAAUCAUACAAAUGAUAAUAAUCAUGUUUUAUUAUUACCAGAAAAAAUCGAAAACAUUAGCAAAAAUAUUGUGGGAUAUGAUGAUAAAACAAUAAAUGUGUUAACAGGUAGUGUUUAUAAACCAAUUGAAGCAGAUACCAACGAUACGUUAAUACCCCGUUAUUCCGCAAUCCCACGUACACAAUCUAUGGAAGUAGAAAUCGAUAGAACACCAACACCAAUCACAUCUGGUGCUGAACAAUCAUCAACGGAAUAUCAUACAUCAGCAGCGGAAGAUUCUGAUGAAAUAAUAAGUUUGGUUGAUAGUUUAGAAGAUGCAACAUCACCAAGACUAUUACAUCAAACAUAUAGAAAAAAUGUUUCAGUACCAGAUCCUACCGCAAAUGAUAACAGUCCGUCAAAACAAAAGAAUAAAAAUUAUGAUAAUAAAUUAGUGCGUGGUGAUAUUAUUGUACCAUUAAUAAACGAUCAAGUACAAGAACAAGUACAAAACACAACAACAUCACCAUUAUCACCGAGGAAAAAAGGUGAUGCAUUCUUUUUAGAUAUUGAUAACGACAGUAUCAGUAAUGUAGAUGAUAAAAUUAUUGCAAAUCGUUUACCAAAAUCAAUUCAAGAAAAAAUUCAUCAACGCCAAACCAUUAUUGCUCAACAUAAACAAAAACGUCAACAACAACAAUCAUUCCAUGUUAUUUCCUCAUCUACAUCGACUGCAUUAUCAUUACAAUUAAUGGAUUCAUUUAAAAUUGAUUCACAUGGUAAUAUGAAAAUAUUAACAACAAACAAUAAUGUGGUAAAUAAAGAGAAUAACUGGAUUAAACGAUCUGAGGCUAAUCAACAACAACAGAAUAAUAACUUUAGACAACAUCGUUUUAAUGAUUUAAAAAAUAAAUCUGAUGUAACAAUAACACCAAUAAUAACAACUGGAGUUGAUAAUAACAAUCCACAACAGCAGUCAAGAAAUGUGGUAAAUCAAGCAAAUAAAAUUGUACCAACAUUUGUAACACCACAGCAACCUCAAAAACGAUCAAUAAAUGUUGAUCAACAUGUGAUCAAACAAUCAAAUAAAAUCGUACCAACAUUUGUAGCACCUCAGCAACAAAAAACAACAGCAAUAAAUAACAAUAACAAUAACACAAGACGAAUAUAUCAAAAAAUUGAUAAUGACCAAAAUAAUGAGAAAAAAAUUGAAAUUGUUGAUGUUAUUGAAUGUACAACAAAUGAUAAUGCUGAUGAUAAAUAUGUACCAACAACAACAAAAAAUACUGAUGAUGAUAAUUUAAAAAGGAAAUGUACAAAUAAUAAACUUUUUAAAUCAAAAAUACCAAUACCAGUUUUACCAACACAACAACAAUCAUUACCAUCAACAUCAACUUCAUACUGUUUAGAUUGUAAUGAAUCAGGAGAACAUGAACAAGAUAGUGAAAAUAAUAUACGUUUAGAUCAAAAACCAAUAAAUAUAAUGCGUGCAGUUGUUGCACCAUCAAUUAUUAGUGAAAAUAAUUCAAAUGUUGAUCGUUUAAUUGCUGGUAUAUUAAUAAAUAAUAUUAAUGAUACAACAAAAACAACAAUUAAACAUCAACAAUUUGAAACGAUACCGGAAGAAGAUAAUAUUGAAAAUAAAAAUAAAGAUAUGAAUAAAAAUCAAAAAUUAUAUCGUACACAUGUUACAUUAAUAAUGUCCAAAACACCAGAACAACAGCAAUGUAAUGAUAAUAUAACAAUAACAACAACAACAGCAAAUAAUGAACAACAACAAACGCAAUGUUCAUGUAAUUGUAAUAAUAAACGGGACGUGAAAAAUGUUGGCACAAAUACUGACUCAAUCAAAAAAAAUAUUGGCACAUCAACAACAACAACAGUUAUAAAACCAACAAUAACAAGAACAAGAACAAAUAUUGUUAAAGAUAUCGGUGUAAAUACGAUUGAUAAAAAAAAUAUUGUUAAACAUUCAUGUAUUAUCAAACCAACAAAUAAUAAAAAAGUUGUAAAUAAGACAAUACAAACAAUUAACAUGUGUGAUAGUGGUACGCAAACAAUACAACAACAACAACAAGACAAAAUUGUAUCAAAACAAACACAAACAAUUGAAGCCACAUCAUCAUCAUCCACUUCAUUAAUAAUACCAAUAAAUAAAACAACAAGAACAACAACAAUAAAUCAACAACAUGGACAAGAUUGUUUAGUUAAUAAAAUUGUAUCAACAGAAACACAAACUAAUGAACAAACCUCAUCGUCAACAUCAUUGAUAAUACCAUUGAAACAAACAAAAACAACAACGACAACAAUCAAUCAUCAACAUAACAAUGAUGAAGUUUAUCAAUUAAAAUUGGAUCAUCAAGAAAACAUAUGUGAUCAUGAACAUAAAAUUGUACAUCAACAACAUGGUGGUGAAUCAUCUUGCGAAUCAACAACAACGACAGCAGCGGAAGUAGCGCCAGUAGUAAUAAAAAAAGGCCUACAGAAUGACACCAAUUUUAUUGACAAAUUAAAUAAAUAUCGACGUACAUUACGUAAUACAUCAGUACCAGUACCAAUGCCAAUAUACGAAGAACAGAGUGAUAGUAGUGUAUUGUUACAUCAUCAUCAUCAUCUUGAUAAUGAUAAUGAUAAUGACGAUAAAAGAAAAUUACAAAUAUAUGAUAAUGAUUCAGAAUUUGGUAACUGUGGUAAUGAUUCCGAAAAUGCGACAACGAUAACAGCAACAACAACAAAUACAAAUGCUAAUCAUCAUAAAAAACAACAUAAAGUAUCAUCAGUAUUAUCAUUAAAUAAAAAACAACAACAUAAACGUUAUCAUCAACAUUAUCAACAUAAAUUUGAUCAAAAUAAUUGUCAUGAUAAAAAGAAAAAUAAUUUGUGUGGAUGGUCCAUUACAGUAUCUGGAACAAAUAAUAACGACAGUAAAAUAACACCAGAUUUAAAAAUGCGUUUAAAGUUUCCGACAACGUAUGGUAAAAUGCAACAACAAAUAGAUAAAAGACAAUCAGAUUCAGAUAUAAUACCGCAAACAACAACUCAUCAUAUACCAAAAAAUAAAUUUAAAUUUCCAUGUUUACCGAAUGUAAAUAAAAUCAACCAAAAGCAACAAUCACGAGCAAUCACGACAAAACCAACAAAGACAUUAAAUAUCGAUCGUACCAUUACAACAAAAGAAAACAUUUCACGGAACAAGAGAGGCAUCAAUUCUAUUCGUUACCGGCCAUCAGGUCUCCGACAAAUGAAGUCUAGUACAGGUAAAUGGUUAUAUACCGAAGAAAUAAAAUAUAUUGAUCCACCAGCUGGUAGUUUAGCCGUAUUAGGAUCGACUAUAUCACCUGAACAAAAGCCAAAAGUGAUGACAAUGAGUGAACGUGAUCUUAGUUGGAGAUUGUUACAUACGCCUAAUUCACUUUACAAUCGAUAUUAA